UUCUUCUUUUACAUGAGUUAAAAAGUUGUUUAGGUUCGAAAAAGGUUCAGAAGUCCUGAAAUUGUAAUGCAUGCUGUAAAGAAACUCGUCCAUGUGGCUCCAUAACAGUCGUCCUCUAGGGCCGUGGUAUGGUCUUAAUAAUUCCUUCAGUCUGGACCACAUAGCUUCAAUAUUGUUUGUGUGAACUGUCGUCGGGUCGACAAAAUGGCGUUUGUGCACUACAACACGAUGCACAAACCCAAGUCUCUCGAGGCAUCUGUAGGCUCUCCAAUCAUCCGUAUAGAUCGUCGUGCCAGGCUGGGCGUAUUCCUCUAUUAUUGGUAUUAUUGUCCUUGCCUGACGGUUCCUCACUUUUUGUAAAUGUCCCUUUUGAGUAGAACGAUCGUAAAAUCCAAGUACCUGUCAAGUAUAUUUACGGAAGUACUACUUACCCAAUCUUCCUUAAUAGAACGUCCUUUGUUGUAUUUUCUCUUUCUAACUAGUGUCUCGUCUAUUUCCACUAUCCUUCCAACUCCUCCAAAUGUUUCAUGUACUUGUGUCAUUUUGGUCGCGCAUAUGUCGCGGCAGUACUCAUACCACUGGACCGCUGAAGUUUCAGUAACGUCUGCAAACGCCGCAGCCAGUGUUACUGGUGUUCUUAUUACCCAGUUCGCCACUGUUAUCAUGCAGAACAACGAAGCAUUAUUUCUUCAUGGUGGUCUCCAGACUUUGCUGCAGUCGUUUGAUGACCGCAGUCACACGUACAUGAACUUCUCAAUAGUCCCUUCUGUUGUAACCUCUCAAUAAUCACAUCUGUAAAAUCCGCUGUGAAACGAUCGUAUGUCAGCAUCGGGUGUUGAACUUGCCUCCAUGACCUUGAAAUUACUUGAACGCUUCUGAUUAGUUCGUCGCUAAAUUAGAGUCUCGCCGGGUUUUUUUAUAUUCUCUAUUCAAUUGUCAGUAGUCUACGACUCAAAACUGAAGGAUGGCCCUAGUUUCGGUUUUAGUGGAAGAUUACAGGUACUCUUUAAGUAUUAGAUCCUAGGCUUAGGGUGACUUCUUGGCCUAUGGACUUGAUUUCCAAUUAUCUACAAGUUUUUAAUCCGAUCUACAUACUUUAGUUUCGGGAAGCUCAGUAGUUCUGGUUUUUACUAUAUUGAAUAAAUACCAAUGUUUGACAAAGGAAUUUGUAUUAGUUUAUUGAGUUCCAUCAAGUUCCUGGUUACAUCAGUAUUCACAACUGCUACAUGGGUCACUUUAUACCAUGUUAUGUGGAUGCAAAGACCAGCUGUGAUCAAUUGUCCUCCGGGCCUUGAGUACUUGACCCAAAUUGACCAAUUGCUGAUUAAGCAGGUGAUUGAUGCUAUCGAAACAUUCGUGCCUUAUGAAGUGCAAAAUCGCUAUACCUGCUACAACACAUUGGGACAAAGUGUAUAUCGAUGUUACGAAGAAUCUGACUUUUGUUCACGUGCAUUCUGUGGAGCAUCAAGACCUUUCGUAUUACAUAUUUUAAACAAUAAUAACUCUGAAGUUAUCCGUGCAAUUCGACCUUUUCGAUGUGAUUGUUACCCUUGUUGUUCGUGUUUAGAAUGCUGUCAAGAGGAACUUGAAGUUCAGUCUCCAGCUGGAAAUUGUAUCGGCUACGUGAAACGAGUAUUUAGUGGUUGUGAUCUUGAUUACCACAUUUUGGAUAGUAACCAGAGUACAGUUCUGCAAAUACAUGGUCCAUCAUGUUGUUUUUGUGAAUGUUUAGGAUCGGAUAUAAUAUUUAAGGUAACUUCUGCUGACGGUACUGUCGAAAUAGGUAGAAUUACGAGAAAAUGGAGCAAUAUUGUCCAAGAAUUCUUUACUGAUGCAGAUAAUUUUGGAAUUUCUUUUCCGAUGGACUUAGACGUGAAAGUGAAAGCGAUUCUCUUAGCUGCUGUUUUUCUGAUUGAUUUUAAAUAUUUUGAAAAGAAGCCAAAACAAUAAAAUUUUUCGUAGUCUUAUCCUUUCAUGUCGUUUUAUCUGUGAGUAUAUUCUGUGCUUCGUCUUUUCUUCGCCUGAGCUCAUUUAUUUGUAUUAUUUAUACAGAAAUAUGGAUAUUUUUGAUUUUUUAACGCUUUACUUAUUGUAAUUUUUAUUUUGUAGUUAUCAUUGAAUUGUAUAUGAAAGACUACACUUCCUUGUGUAUUUAUUCAUCCGAUUCGCAUUCAUAACUUGUUCUAAUUUUUACUCAGACGUUUGCCUAGACGAUUUCUUUGCACCAUUUCUUGUUAACCAUACUUUCAUGAAGUUCUCUUUUUCAGUAAACAACGAGAUCACAAGGUUGUUUGAACAUUUGACUAAUUUGUCAGGUAUUAUUUUUGUUUUUUUUCAAUAAUUCAAAUGCUUUUGAUACUGAUUGUAUUUUCUUUAUUUCUAAAGAAAGCUUUUGAUCUGUUU